UUGUCGAUGACCCGUAUCGAUAAUAUUUAGACCCGCUUGGUCACACUGCGCGACGACGCUCGAGGAACUGCGAAAUUUUUAUUUAUUUACCUCGCGCAAUACAAGUUAAUUAUAGAGCACCGAAGUGCCACACAGUGCGAAAAACGUAGUUUAUUUAUUUAUUUGUUAUUGCUGCGACCGGCGUCCAGCAAACAAAAUUAUUCAUUGUGUUGAAGUCGUGUUUGUGUGCGUGCCUCAGUACUGUGCCGUGUGAGUGUGUUGUGUGUCGCCUGCGAAAAAUCGAAGUUAUUGCAUUGCGCAGCCUUUUGGGCCAGCUGUCCGCCGCCCCACAGCCCCCAACGGUUCAGAGGCCCUCUGAUCUACAUGCCGAUGAAUGUUCAUUGAGACAACCUUUUCCACCAACGAACACUGAGGAGAAUCCGCUCCUCAGACUGUAUUGAAUUGCAUUAAGGACACAACAUGGCCGAGGAUACUGAGUACAAGAAGUUGCCGGUAGAAGAGAGAUGCGUGCACAAGCUGUGGAAGGCUCGCGUCGAUGGAUAUGAGGAGGCGGCCAAGAUCUUCCGCGAGUUGGACGAUGAGAAGUCACCGGAAUGGUCGAAGUUUGCCGGCCUAAUCAAGAAAAUGGUGGUGGACUCGAAUGCCCUGGCCCAGGAGAAGGGUCUUGAGGCGGCGCUGAUAUUUGUAGAGAACAGCGGUCUCGCUGGUCGUACCGUGGGCGAUGUGAUGACCGGUAUUGUUCAGAAGUGCAUUGCAGCACCGAAGACGAAGACCAAGGAGCUCUCCGUCCAGGUUACGCUUAUGUACGUGGAGAUCGAGAAGCAGGAGGCUGUCGUCGAGGAGCUCGUCAAGGGAAUGGAGGCCAAGAAUCCAAAGAUCGUCUCCGCUUGUGUGGCAGCAACUACAUUGGCUCUCCGGGAAUUCGGCCAUAAAGUGGUCGGCGUAAAGCCGCUGAUCAAGAAGCUGGCACCGCUGAUGUCGGACCGAGAUAAGGCAGUUCGAGAUGAGGGCAAACUGCUGGCCGUGGAGAUCUACCGCUGGAUCGGAGCCGCAAUGAAGGCACAAAUCUCUACAUUGCCGCAAGUGACACUCAAAGAGCUGGAGGAUGAGUUCGAUAAGCUGAAGGGUGAACGUGUAGAGCCCUCCAGAUAUCUUAAGUCGCAGCAGGAAAAGCAGGCAAAGAUCGCUGAUGCCGCUGCCACCGAAGAUGCCUAUCACGAAGAGGAUGGCGAGGCUUGCGCUGAGGACAUCGAUCCCAUGGAUCUUCUCGAUCCCGUUGACAUACUCUCAAAGAUGCCCAAGGACUUUUACGACAAGCUCGAGGAGAAGAAGUGGACUCUGCGCAAGGAAUCGCUGGAGGCUCUGGAGAAGCUGCUCACCGACCAUCCCAAGCUGGAAAGCGGCGAGUACGGCGCACUGGUGAGCGCCCUCAAGAAGGUGAUAACCAAGGAUUCCAACGUGGUCCUUGUGGCCAUGGCUGGCAAGUGUCUGGCUAUGCUGGCUAAAGGAUUGGCCAAGCGCUUUUCGAACUAUGCAUCGGCUUGUGUGCCAUCACUUCUGGAGAAAUUCAAGGAGAAGAAACCGAAUGUGGUGACCGCUCUCCGGGAGGCCAUCGACGCCAUCUACGCCUCCACCACACUUGAGGCCCAGCAAGAGUCGAUCGUGGAGUCGUUGGCCAACAAAAACCCAAGUGUAAAGUCCGAGACAGCCCUGUUCCUGGCCCGGGCUUUUACCCGCACCCAGCCGACGGCGCUGAACAAGAAGCUGCUGAAGCUACUGACCACAAGUCUAGUGAAGACGCUCAACGAGUCGGAUCCCACAGUUCGGGACAGCAGCGCAGAAGCCCUGGGAACUCUAAUGAAGCUAAUAGGUGACAAGGCGCUGAAUCCACUGCUGACCGACGUUGAUCCGCUUAAGAUGGGCAAGAUUAAGGAGUGUCACGACAAGGCGGAGAUUAAAAUUAAGGUGGCGGGUCCGAAGAAGGAGGCACGUCCGGCGUCAGCACCUCAGGCGAAGCCCAGUGCUCCAGGCAAGGCCACGGCUGGCAGUGUGGAUCCCAAGCCCGUAACGCGGCCGGCCACUACAGGCGCACGAAAGGUUCUGAAGAAGCCAACUGCUGGUGCUGCGGCCGGAGGCGCAUCUGCUCCAGUUGCCGCCACCAAGGCGUCUGGAAAAGCCCUCGCUACAGAGCGGGAAAUGACCCCGGAGGAGGUACAAGAAAAGGCCGAGGAGAUCCUACCAGUCGACAUACUGAAUGGAUUAGUGGAUGCCAACUGGAAGAGCCGUCUCGCCGCCGUAGAGCAGCUGCUUAAUGAAAUCACCGACUUCGAUGUCAAGCAGCCGGGCAUUUCACAGAUCCUGGUACGAACCAUCAACGGACGCAAGCCAGGCCUUAAGGAGAUGAACUUCCAGGUCCUCAAGUACAAACUCGACAUCAUUCGCAGUGUGGCUGAGCACUACCCGCUGACCACGAUCACCGUGGACCAGGUUAUCAACGAGAUAACCGAGAAGCUGGCUGACCCAAAGAACGGAUCAGCCGCGGCCGAUGUUUUAUCCGCCUUCGCUGACGCCACCAAACUGGAGUAUAUCGUGGUCAAGGUGCUCAGCUUUGCCUUUGAGCAAAAGUCGCCAAAGGUGCAAUCGGAGGCAUUCAACUGGGUGAACAAAUCCAUAAUAGAGUUUGGAUUUCAGCUGCAGCCCAAGACCCUCAUCGAGGAUGUGCGCAAGGGCGUGCAGAGCUCAAAUCCAACGGUCCGAGGCGCUGCUAUCCAGCUCGUGGGGACCAUGUCCAUGUACGUGGGCAGUGCCCUCAUGAUGUUCUUUGACAGUGAGAAGCCUGCUCUGAAGUCCCAGAUCCAAGUGGAAUUCGAUAAGUACGUCGGCCAGAAACCGUCAAAGCCCGUGAGGGGCGUUCAACGGGGAAGCGGAGGAGGAGUUAGUAAUUCCGCAGACAACGAGGACGAUGAUGGAGCAGCCGGCGAGGAUGAACCCACCAACAUGGCUGACCUAUUGCCUCGCGUUGACAUUUCGCCGCAGAUCACAGAGGCCCUGCUGAAGGAGAUGUCCGACAAAGACUGGAAGACCCGCAACGAGGGGCUGAACAAGCUGCAGGUUAUCAUUGCAGACGCGAAGCUAAUCAAGCCCACCAUCGGGGACUUGGCUCCAGCGCUGGCUCUCCGCCUGGUGGACUCCAAUGCUAAGAUUGCCCAAACUACGCUCUCCAUUUGCGAGCAGCUGGCCACGGCCAUGGGUCCGGGGUGUCGUAACCAUGUGCGCACCCUCUUUCCCGGAUUCCUCCACGCCAUGGGCGACAGCAAGAUUUUCGUGCGGACGGCCGCUCUCAAUUGCAUAAAUAGUUUCGGCGAGAAGGGUGGCUACAAGGAGUUCUUCGAAAGCGAAAUGAUUGCCGACGCCCUAAAAAGUGGUUCGCCGGCCCUGAAAGUCGAUCUGUGGGCCUGGUUGGCAAAGAAGCUGCCCGUUUUGCCGCCAAAGUCCGUGUCCAAAGAGGAUCUCCAUUCUAUGGUGCCGCACCUCUAUGCGCACAUUUGCGAUCGCAAUGCGGACGUGCGCAGGAACGCCAACGAGGCGGUGCUGGGUAUUAUGAUCCAUCUGGGAUUCGAUGCUCUGAACCGCGCGCUCGACAAGCAGAAACCCGCGUCCAAGAAAGACAUUCAGGCAGCUCUGGAGAAGGCGCGGCCCAACUUGCCAGUGAAGCCGCUGCCGAAGGGCAAGCAGCAAGCUCCCAUACCCGAGGAGCCCAAGGCCAAAUCAGUGCGCGGAGGUGGUGCUGGAGGAGCGAGUGGCGGAGCGGCUGGCGUCCAAAAGAGUGCUUCUGUACGGGCAGCCGGAGGGCAGGACAAGCUGCCGGCACCGGCACGCAAGAAGGAUGAGGAUAUCGACACUUCUCCGCUGUUGGCUGUGAAUAGCUCCAAGAAUCAGCGGCUGCUGGACGAGCAAAAAAUGCGAGUCCUCAAGUGGACAUUCACCACACCGCGUGAGGAAUUCACAGAACUGUUGCGCGAGCAGAUGAUGGCGGCCAAUGUGAACAAGGCGCUAAUUGCCAACAUGUUCCACGAUGAUUUUCGCUAUCACUUGAAAGUCAUUGAGCAGUUAAGCGAAGAUCUGGCUGGGAACAGCAAGGCGUUGCUGUGCAAUCUGGACCUGAUACUCAAGUGGUUGACGCUGCGCUUCUACGAUACGAACCCUUCUGUGCUAAUUAAGGGCCUCGAAUAUCUGGUGCAGGUCUUCCAGUUGCUCAUCGACCUGGAGUACAUUCUGGCCGAGAACGAAGGCAGCUGCUUUAUACCUCACCUCCUUCUAAAGAUCGGAGAUCCAAAGGAUGCCGUCAGGAACGGGGUUCGACGAGUGCUGCGCCAAGUUAUUCUGGUCUUCCCAUACGCAAAGGUCUUUGCUUAUGUGAUGGAGGGUCUCAAGUCAAAGAACGCCCGCCAGCGCACCGAGUGCCUGGACGAGCUGUCAUUCCUGAUCGAGUCCUACGGCAUGAAUAUCUGUCCCCAGGCGUCGGUACGUGAGAUCGCCCGUCAGAUCUCUGACCGAGAUAACUCCGUUCGCAGUGCGGCCCUCAACUGCAUUGUCCAGGUGUUCUUCCUAUCCGGUGAAAAGACCUACAAGAUGAUUGGACAGCUUAACGAGAAGGAUCUAUCGAUGCUUGACGAGCGCAUCAAACGCGCCAAGAAGACUAAAAAGCCAACGCCACCGCCCACUGCCGUGGAGAUGCCCAGUAGCGGCAGGUCGGCGGCACCUCAGCGGCAGGACAGUAUCGAGAUCGAGGACGCAGUGGUGGGCAAUGGUUCCGAUGAGCUGCCGCCACCGGAUGAGGAGGGUUUGCAGUUAAAUGUGCGUGGGCACAACAACCACCUGACCGAGCGGAGUGCCACGAAUGUGGUUGCCUACUUGAACUCCCUGACACGACAGGCAACCUUUGACCAGGCGCCCUCGUCGCAGCUACUUCUCCUGCAGCAGCAACUGCAGCAUCUACAGCAACAACAGGCCCAGCAGAAAUCCAGCGGACCCUUCGGCUUGGACUCGCAGGUGAUAGACGAUAUUGAAAAGGACUGGGUACGUGUGGACCAGAUAGAGCAGAGGCCGCUACUUAACGUAGACAUCUCCGCCUUGGACGAGCCCAUCAGGGUUAAGCCCACGCGUGUCGGCGUGCACUAUCCGCAGGAGAAGUUCGAUCGCCUGAUUUCGCGUCAGCACUACAUGAACACAUCCCCGUCGUCCACUGGCACAGUAUUGGCUAGUGGAAUCUCGCCGUAUCGCAGUCCCAUGCGAAUGCAGCUCCAGCAAUUCGCGCCCCAGCAAAUGGAAAAUAACAUGCCAAAUUUGGCCGAUAUGCUGCCCAAGCACGAUCCGCAACUGAUAAAGCUUAUCAAGGGAGUGGGCAGCACGGAUACCGUGAGGGCACGUUCUGCCAUUACCGAGCUGGCCAUCAUUGUGGAGUCACCCGAAAAGCAGGCGGUUAUGCGCGAUUAUGAGGAAAUAUUUGUACAGAAUGUACUGGCACAAUUAAAGAAUCUCUCACAGCUGCCCUCAGCUCAAUCUGUGGUCGUGUAUCAGCCGCUAUUGUCCAUUCUCUACCAGUUUUUCCAUGCCAACAUUCUGGGCAAAACGCUGAGCGUGGCCUGCGUUAAAAAUCUCAUGUCAGCCCUGCUGAAUCUAAUGGCCGAUCCAAAGUUUGCCGUGGGCGAUGACAGUCAGUAUAACAAGGUGAUCAAUGGGAUCUGCCUUAAGGUAUUGGACAAGGUGGACUUUACGAAUUUAAACUGCGCUUUGAUACGUUUGCUGAGAGAAACUUGUCCGGAGGCCAAGUUGCCAAAGUUCACGGAUCUGCUGAUGAAGUGUAUCUGGCGCAACGUAAAGAUGCUGGCCGAACGCAGCAACGAACUGAACUACGAUGCGGUUAUCCUGGAGGUUCACGAGUUCAUGCUGGCCCUGCCCAGCACUUGGUGGCAGAACCGCCCGUCAGACACUCCAAUGCGUACGAUCAAGACAAUACUACACAACAUGGCCAAGGUGAAGGGCAAUGCCAUAUUGCAGCACCUCAACCAGAUACCCACUCACUCGGAGCUGCAUACGUAUUUGAUACGUAUUCUCAAGAACUUUCAGAAGGAUGGUGCCUUGGCCGGGACUGGAGCCUCGCCGCAAAAAGCCAAAGAGGUCGCCGCCAAGCGUAUCUCGCACCAGACUCACGACACAGUAUCACAGAUCUUCAAGCUAAUCUCGGACAAAGAUACCAAGCAGCAAGGUCUGCAGAAGCUUUACGACUUCAAGCAACAAAAUCCCGACAUAGACCUGAGCACCUUCUUACAGGGCUCCAGCGCCACUUUCCACAAGUACAUUGAGGAGGGCCUAGCAGAGAUUGAGCGAAAUCAGAAUGCAGGCUCUACCCAGGCGCCGGAUAAUCGUACGGCAGCUACCCGUUCUUAUCUCACAGAUGUCAACUACCAGAACAGCGCCCACGAUGCCGAUUACUGGAUGGAUCGCCUGCAGUGUCACAUGACUGGUGGAGCCGGUAAACUGUCCUCUGGCCAUUCAGGAGAUGAUGGAUCCAACAUGCUGGACAACAAGGUGGCCGAUGAGAAUCUGUGCCUGAACGGCAUCAAUUCCCAGAAGACGUCGCUUAUCAAGCGAGAUAAACGUGACAUGUCGCCCAAUCGGUUGCAGCAUCUGCAGGCCAAACUGGCCCAGAUCAAGGAGAAGAGCCAUGCCCAAUAAGAUCCCCUCAAGUGGAAAGCGUUUAGCUAAAGCCACUCAACAACACAACCACACACUGAACACGAGCCAGGCCUCGUACACUACAUCAUGAAUCAUUUAUUAUUUAACAUAGUUAUAUGCUUACGGAAUCGGCACAUAUAUAUAUUCACCGUAAUAGUGCUUAGUAACAGCAGCAGCAGCAGAAGUGCGUGUCGAACAACGGUAACAAUAAUUAACAGAUCACACUAUUAUUAUCUCCAACUACUUGUACUAAUUAACAAUUGAUCGGUCUACAUGUAUUAGCACUGAGUUGUGUUUCGUAUGCGAUUCAAUUCGAUUCGAUUGGCUAAGUUGAGAAUGCGAUAGAGACUUGAAUUAGAAAGACAGCUUGUUUGCGCAAAUUCGUUUAAAAUGAUCGGUGAAAGCAGUUAGCAUGUUAAGGGAUGGAUUCCUGUUACACUACGUCUGGUUAUGUUUUACACACCCACACACACUCUCUCUUUCUCGCCUCACAUUGUUUCAAAUUGUUUCUAGCCAAGCGUUGGGCUCAGUGCGCGCUAAAAAACUAAUUUAUACUCGUAAUUAGCUAACCGUAGGUUUUACAAAAAUAGUCGUUACCAGUUACUUUAACCAUUGUUUAAUUGUUAAUUUAAGCCAACUUCAGUUUUAACCGUUUAGACCCAACUGUUUUUCGAUGCCUCAAGCACGCAGUAAACGCAGGCUAACAACACACACACUGUAGACACGCAAGCGUAUUUUUGUAACAUCUCAUGAAGUAAAUAUAUGCGAAAAUAAAUGUUAUAUUUAUAAACUA